AUGAAUAGCCUUCUUUUCAUCCCAGCAGCCGGUGCUGUCUUUCUCGCCGUGCAUCUAUUCAUCUUCAUUAUCCACCUGAUCCGGUCCCCACUCAAGAAUGUUCCUGGACCAUUCCUUGCACGGUUUAGCGACUUUUGGUAUUUUUGGACGGUUCGAAAAGGCCACUUUGAGAAGAGGAACCGAGAAAUUCACCAGAAAUAUGGCCCGGUUGUGCGCUACGGACCAAACCGAUACAGUCUCAAUGACCCCGAUGCUACCAAGAUCAUCUACGGUUUAGGAGCCCAGUUUGCGAAAUCGUCAUGGUACUCGACCUGGGGCGCCCCUGGACAGUGGACCAUCUUUAGCGAUCAAUCCAUCAAGCAUCAUUCUCAAACCAGACGACUUUACCAAGCCACGUACUCAAUGACCUCGCUUGUCAACUACGAGCCUUACGUGGACGAAUGCAACAAUCUCUUUGCGCAGCGCCUGACGGAAAUGGCCUUGGCAAAUGUCCCAAUCGAUAUGGGCCAUUGGUUCCAGUGCUACGCUUUUGAUGUCAUCGGAAUGAUUACUUAUGGCAAACGUCUCGGUUUCCUGGACCGAGGAGACGACAUUGGCGGUGUGAUGGGUGCUCUGGAAGACCACAUGAAAUAUGCAACCCUCAUUGGCAUAUUCCCCAGCUUGCACCGCUACCUCUACUCGAUCAAGAACUAUUGGGCCGGCGCCAAGGGUGCUGGCAGGGCAUACAUUCUGAGCUUCACCAAGGAGAGAAUCCGCGAGCACCAGACAACUCCCAAGGCCGUCCCUGAGACACCAGAGAGCUCUACAGCAAUGCAUUCCGACAACCCUGAUGCUUUUACGUCCUACCACGUCCUCACAGGCUGUUCUGCGAACAUGGUUGCAGGCUCCGACACUACAGCAAUUAGCUUAUCAGCUAUUCUAUACUAUCUACUCACAAACUCUGAGUGCCUGCAAAAACUACGAGCUGAGAUUAAGAGCUGCGAGGAACAAGGAAACCUGUCAGAAUUCCCAACCUUUCAAGAGAGCCAGCAAAUGCCAUACUUGCAGGCCAUUGUUAAAGAAACACUGCGAAUGCAUCCUGCCACCGGCCUACCUCUGGAGCGCGUUGUUCCGGAAGGAGGUGCUACAAUCGCUGGUCAUUACUUUCCAGAAAGAACUGUGGUUGGGAUAAACACCUGGGUCGAGCAUCGGGAUCCCCGAUAUUUCGGCGAUGACGCGGAUGUUUUCAGCCCAGAACGAUGGCUUGAUGAAGACAGCCAGAAGAUAUCGUUAAUGAAUCGCCACUGGAUGCCGUUUGGGCUUGGCUCUCGAAGUUGCAUUGGCAGGCACGUGUCCAUGCUUGAGAUAUCAAAACUCGUUCCCAGACUCAUUCGCGAUUUCGAGUUUUCUCUUGACAAAUCUGCCUAUACAGACGGAAAUUGGAAGACGGAAGGGCUUUGGUUUGUCAAGCCGAAAGGGUUUAAAGUUCGCGCAGAGGUACGCAAGUAUUCACGAAGCGGCUAG